UGUGAGGAGACAGUGAGCAGCAGGCAGAUUAAGAACGACUUCCUUCCUUUGCCGGGGCGCUAACAUGGAACUUGGGGAUUAUAAAUGCGAGCACACGAUUCUCUCAAACAAACAAGCCUUUAGACUGUUUGAACGCGCAAGAACUUGAGUGGACACAGCCAAGGUUCAAACAUGGUGGAUGUAACUGGACUUUUUGUUAUCUUGUUGACUCUUCUGGUGGGAAAAAACAGUGCAAUGGAGCCAAAUAGCGGUUACUGCAUUGGAAACCAAUGUUUCACUGUGUUUCGAGAUGUAGGCGAUUACUCGACCGCACAGGAACAAUGCAGAGACCUUAGCGGACACUUGAUGACAGUGCGUUCGUCUGUAUCCCAUGAUAUACUUUUAAUCUUGUUGGGGAACUUUACGGGGCGGUACUGGAUUGGUUUGAAUCUACCGACCGGCUGUCCAGACGUCGCUGCGGAGCUGAAAGGUUUCCAGUGGGUGACCAAAGACAGCGAAAGUGACUUUUUCAACUGGGUGCCGGGUUUUGACAGCAGCUGCUCUUCUCGCCGCUGUGUCUCAGUUUCCCGGGAGGAUGACUUUAAAUGGAACCAGGAAUCAUGCGAGGAACACAGAGAAGGGUUUCUCUGUGAGCACGGCAUCAAAGAGCCGUGCAAAAGUCUCGCGGCUGCAGUGGGCGAGUCUGUCAUGUACAGGACCACUUUGGGGUUUCAGGGCGAGGACUUGUUGUCUUUGCCCCCGGGCAGCACCGCUAUUCGGAUGCCAGCUGAGACCAAAUACGUCUGCGUCUCCGAACAGUGGCUGCAGGCGCCGUGGAAAUGCGAGAUAACGGAAGGAGGGUGUGAGUACAAAUGCUUAAUGAACCCCCAAAAUGCACCCUCGUGUUACUGCCAGCCGGGACAAAUCGUCAACGCCGCAAACAAAGUCACCUGCGAAGAGGUCACACCCGACCCGUGCCGGACUCUGGGUUGCAUGCACGCCUGCUACGCGCAGGGUGACACCUUUACGUGCGGCUGUCACAGCGGCUUUAAGCUGGCGCACGACGGCAGGUCGUGCGUGGACUUCAAUGACUGCAUGGACGAGCGGCAGUGUCCCGGGGAGAACUUCAGAUGCGUCGACGGCAUUGACGGGUUUAAGUGCGUCUGCGAGGAUGGAUACAAGCCUGCUGGCGACAUGUGUGUCGACCAGGAUGAGUGCGUGUCCGCGCCAUGUGAGCACAUAUGCACCAACACGCAUGGUAGCUACAGUUGCUCGUGUUAUGAUGGGUACAAAGAGGACGCAAAGGAACCACAUAGGUGUAAACGCCACUGCGGGGAGGAGGAAUGUGUCGCCGAGUGUGACCCUAAUAACAAUUUCCAGUGCUACUGCCCUGAAGGUUACAUAGCUGACGAAAGGGGAGCCGUUAUGAUGUGCAUUGACAUAGACGAGUGUGCUUUCGGUUAUUGUGAUCAAAGAUGUAAAAAUACGUUUGGCAGCUAUGUCUGUUCUUGUCAUGGAGGAUAUAGACUAGUCAACCAAUACAGAUGCGUAAAGAACGAUGACACAGACUCUGAUGGAGGGUCGGAGGGCUCUGGAGCAUACACGACCCUCCUCCCCACAGCACCACCUGUGACAUAUCCAAAUCCAACACGGCAACCCUCAGGGGUGACAGCGGGUGGUCUGGUGGGGAUAAUAGUGUGCACUGUCUUGUUUGUAGUGCUGCUGGUUUUCCUUGUUCAUCACAUCCUCUGUGGCAGAAAUAAGAUGGAGAGCGCCGGUGAGCUCAAAGCGCCGGAGGGAGAGACUCACGGUUUACAUCACGAGUCGAGUGACGUUUAAAAGAGAGACAUUGAAAACACGGGAUCAGAAAGAUAUGUGAAUGUAGGCCCGCUGGUCAAGCCUCGGAAACAGAACUCCAAAGACAGUUUUGUCGAUGUUUUACAGAAGAGCAAUAAAAACUCAAAUGUGUAAAUACCAAACAUCACAACACUCUCUCAACGUAGAAGAAAAUGUUAUUAACAAGCUGAAUAAUACCUGACUUUGAACCACCUGACAUGUAACUCACAUACAACAGACGUAAUGUAAUACACUCUGAACAAAUAAACGGUUUUGUUUUGGA